GAAGAAGAAGGAGGAGGAGCUGAGUGUUUGAAAGUGGCGGGCAGUAACAACAUCCAUCUCAAAGAGCAGGACAAAACUUAAUCAAAUAAGCCGCUACAAGGUAUAUUCAGAAGUAGACGAUUUAUUAAGAGUGUUUUAUAUUAGUGCUGACCAUUACCAAACAGAAAGGCUGAAUGCAGGUUUCGUGAUAUUUAAACGUUGGCACUGGAGAAAAGGUCUUGCAUCAUGACAAAUGAGGAUGAUAAGGGGAUACCAGUGCGGGUUGCCUUGCGAUGCCGCCCGUUGGUACCUAAAGAAAUCAACGAGGGAUGUCAGUGCUGUCUCACUUUCGUUCCUGGAGAGCCACAGGUGAUCGUUGGCACAGAGAAGGCGUUCACCUAUGAUUACGUGUUUGAUUCCACUGCUGAACAAGAAGAGGUCUUCAAUACAACUGUGUCCCCCUUAUUGUGUGGGCUUUUCAAAGGCUACCAUGCCACAGUUCUUGCAUACGGACAGACGGGAUCAGGGAAGACUUUUUCCAUGGGAGGAACAUACACAUCAGCUCAAGAAACGGAUCCUUCAGUCGGAGUUAUUCCACGCGUUAUCAAAAGGAUCUUUGAGGAAAGGGAGAAGAGGGCAGAUUGUGAAUUGUGUCUGGUUGUAUCUUACCUGGAGAUCUAUAAUGAAGACAUAUUGGACUUACUGUGUACAUCUAAAGAUAAACUUGGCCUCAGCAUUAGAGAAGACCCUAAAGAGGGCAUUAAGAUCGUGGGUUUAACAGAGAAGCAGGUGUUCUCUGCCCAAGAGAUGGUUUGUUGCCUGGAGGUUGGAAAUUGUGCUCGCACCGUGGGUUCCACUGCCAUGAACGCCGCUUCUUCACGCUCGCAUGCUAUCUUCACUAUCACACUGGAGCAGCGCAGAGGGACAGACAAAGCCGACUCGGUUGUUUCAAAAUUGCACCUUGUGGAUUUGGCUGGUUCAGAAAGGCAAAAGAAAACCAAAGCGGAGGGAGAUCGUUUAAAGGAAGGCAUCAGCAUCAAUCGUGGCCUUUUGUCUUUGGGUAAUGUGAUCAGUGCCUUGGGGGAUGAAAGCAAGAAAAGCAGCUUUGUUCCUUACAGAGACUCCAAACUCACCCGCCUGCUUCAAGAUGCUCUGGGAGGCAAUAGCCACACUUUGAUGAUUGCGUGCAUCAGUCCUGCAGACUCAAACAUGGAGGAGACCAUCAACACGCUGCGAUAUGCUGACAGAGCUCGCAAGAUUAAAAACAAACCUAUAGUAAACAUUGACCCCAGAGCUGCAGAGAUGAACCGUUUGAAACAACAGGUUCAGGAGCUGCAGGUGAUGCUACUUCAUGCCCGUGGAGGAGUAGCUCCAGUGCUCUCUGGGCCAGAGUCAACGGAGAAGGUGACCAAGCUGUUGGACAGGAAUCGCUCUCUGCAGGAUGAGAACAAUAAACUAAGCAGGGAGCUGAGUGAGGCAGCUGGACAGACUGCCUUCAUGUUCGAGAAAAUCAUCAUGACCGAACAGGAAAAUGAGAAACUGCAGAGCAGAAUGGAACAACUGCGGGACCAUGCAGCCUGCACAGUGGAUCUUGAGAAAGUGUUGGAGACACUGGAGGACCAGGAGUUGAAGGAGAACGUAGAGGUGAUGAGGAACCUGCAAGACAUCAUCUUGGAGCUCAAGAAUGAGAGUGUUGGCAUCGCCGCCUCCAUCGAUGCGAUGGCUGCAGGAGAGGAUGGAACCGAGGUGUCCGGGAAUGGCAGUAAAAAUGAUGAAUCGGAUGUCACUGGCAUUGUUGGUAAGGACUCUCCGGAGGGCUUUACUACCCACCAUGCACUGCGGCAGGCCCAGCUCUCCAAGGAACUGAUAGAGCUGAACAAAGUGUUGAGCUUGAAGGAAGCUUUUGUGAGGAAAAUGUGCCAGAAUGACACCAAGCUGGAGCCAAUGCAAUUACAGCACCAGGAAAAUGUUCACAGUCUUCAGACAUCAGUGGAUUCUCUGCAGAAGGAGAAAGAGGAACUCGUUCUCGCCCUUCAGUCUGCAAAGAAAGACACUAACCAUGCUAAGCUCAGUGAGCAGCGGAGGAAGAGACUGCAGGAGCUUGAAGGCCAGCUCGUCGACAUGAAGAAGAAACUUAUUGACCAAUCCAAAAUGCUGAAACUCAAAGAGACCUCCGUUAAGAAAGUUGGCAAUCUCAUACAGGAGAUACAGGCUAUGAAGAACCAGCGUACACAGCUGAUGAGGCAGAUGAGAGAGGACUCUGACAAAUUCAGACAGUGGAAGAGCAUUAAGGACAAGGAGGUGCUGCAGCUAAAGGAGAAGGAUCGUAAACGCCAGUAUGAGUUGCUUAAACUUGAAAGGGAUUUCCAGAAACAAGCCAAUGUUCUGCGUCGUAAAACUGAGGAGGCUGCGGCUGCAAACAAGCGGUUGAAAGAUGCGCUACAGAAGAGAAGUGAGGUGGCAGAUAAACGCAACAGAGGAAUGGAGGGAGCUUCUGCAAGAGUUAAGGCGUGGCUUCUCAAUGAAGUGGAAGUGAUGGUGAGCACAGAGGAGGCCCGGCGCCACCUCAAUGAUCUGCUGGAGGACAGAAAGGUCUUGGCUCAGGAGAUAAACCAUCUCAAGCAGCAGAUCGAGGCAGGGGACCGACCCGCUGCCAAAAUCAGGCGUCGGACAUUGCUCAUCUCUGAGCUGGAGACCCAGGGGGCGCUGGAAACACCUCUGACCAAACAGGUGGAGAACCUGGAGACGGAGAUAGUCCUCAGGAAUGCCCAGAUAGCUGACCUUCAGCAGAAAGUUCUUGUGGCAGACGGCGAGGGUCGUAUGAAACAGCGCUUCGAUAGCAUCACAAGCAUAGUCGAUGCUAAGUGUGCCCUUAAACUCCUCAUGUCUGAGGUGGUGUCUGCUAAAACAGCCAGUGGCAAGCUGGAGAGCGAGCACAAACAGGAGUUGGUAAAUGCACAAGAUUUGAGCAAGAUGCUGGCAGAAGAGAGAAAUGUGAUGUCCACCAUGGACAUGGAGCACCAGCUGCAGUUGGUGGAACUAGAGCAGAGGCAUCAAGAGAAGGUGCUUUACCUCCUUAACCAGCUACAGAACCAAACCACAUCUGAAGAAGCCAAAACAAGGCAGAAAGAUGAGGAGAGAGAGAAGGAGAAGGAGCUUCUCCAGCGCCUUGAAGUUCAGGAAGAAGAGCUUGAAAAGCUACGAGAAUUGAGUGGGCAGAACCAGACACUGCUGGAGCAGAACGAGCAAUACAAACAGAAACUCUCAUUGCUCCACCUGACGAGUGGAAAGAAAAUCCUUGUCCCAACGACCAACAAUGAAAAGAACCCAGAUGACUCGUUUGAGUACGUUCCUCCAAAGCCUAAAGGGAAGCGCUUCACCACAGCCAAAGUACCGCAAAAUGUGACCAUCAACAUGGAAGAGCUGAUGUCUGCCAGUGAGGAUGAGAAUGAGCAGGAAGUGGACGAUUGGCGUCCUGGGAAACUUGAGAAGGGACGCAGAAACUCAAAGAAACCAAAAGCAAACGGGUGUGCAUGUAAAGGUCGCUGCAGCAACAGGUGCUGCAGGUGCCGCAAAGGGAAGAUGACAUGCGGAGAGAACUGCCAUUGUGAUCAUGAGAAGUGUCGAAAUAUGGAUAACCAGGUGCUUGCUGAGGAUGGGAGUCAGACAGAAGGUGUUUCCAGAGACUCUCUUCAGGAUCCCACAGCCGUCAGCCCAGACAACUCCACAUUCUUCAAGCCGCCGUCUUGUACACCCACUAAGAAGGUGCUGAAAGAAAUCGGAGACAUGGGACACGGCACUGCAGACCUGGCGUUGGUCAGGAAACCUUCCUUUGCAGAGGAAGACGAGGAGGAGGAGGAUAAUGGUGAGGACAGAACAACAGCCAGCUUCCUCAAGAAGAAGAAACGGAUCCUGACCAGUUUCCAGAACAGUUUCUUCUCCGGAUGCGCUCCGAUCAGAGAGGAAUCUUAAUCAGAACAGAGCAGGGUAGGGCUUCUUUACCCUAAGUGUCCAUAUGUGUGUGUGUGGUUUCAAUGUUUUGUCAGUCUGUUUUUUAUAUGUAACAUGAAAGUAGCUGUUGAUUCUAAGACACUUUGUUUUGUGUGUAGGGUAACAAAAGGACUGAAUAGCACAGAGUCUUUUUACUGGAAUUCACAAUGAGAUGAUCAAUGAAACCUGUACAUAAUAAGUUAGUUUAACGUGUUAGAUAUUUCCUAUAAAGUAAGACUACAUUUACUUUGCUUAUUUGUAAAAAUCAGUAGUCUACUAAUUUACAGUCGCAGUUUUACUGAGUACUAUUCAGCACAUUAUGAUAACACGUCGUCUUGGGGAUCCACCUUUUUCACUGUGAUUUUACUGUUAGAGCUGAAUAAAGUCUUACUGUCACAUCUUGUUUUUAAGGCACAAACUGUUUUUCUUUUCGUCUGAACGUGUUCCAGUUAUUAAUAUUUCAGUAUAAGUUGAUGGUAAAUAAUUAAUCUGUUAUGAAUUAAUGUUUCACGGUUUGUUUUUUAGUGCCAGCUGAUUUGUAGUGGAAAGCUUUUUAGACAUUUCAUUAAAAAAAAUGAAUCUUUAAAA